AACCAACAUGAAGAAACACAGCAACAUGAAUAUUCCGCUGAAGGAUUUCAGUCUUUCGCCCAAGAUACGACUUUACACGGUGCAAGAUUUUUGUUCGUCAGCAACGUUUCCAGACGUGUAGUUUGGAAUAUAGCUAUGGUCUCGUGUUUUUCCUUCUGUGCUUAUCAAGUGUUUCCAUCUGUGAGAGCUUUUUAUAGCUACCCAUUCCACACGACGGUAAAAAGAGAGACAGCCUCUCAGGAUGGCCGAGAGCCCCCCUUUCCUGCCGUGACGCUGUGUAACCUUGCAAACACAAGAAGAAUUCGACAGCUGUACAGCCCUGUCUUCCAUGUAACCCCUAACGAAGAGCAGCUCAAACAGAGCAUUGAGGAUUUGUCCCAUUUGUUGGCAAGGUCACCAAAAGUGUUAACGAAAGAAUUUAAAGAAAGGAAUCCCGAAUUUUUUCACCGACCCAAUUCCCCCGAAGAAGUCAAAGAGGAGAUGGAACUGUACGCGCUCUUCAGUCAUCAGAUUGAAGAGAUGCUGCUACCACGAGGCUCGACCUUUGAAUCGUGCUCUUUAAAUGGAGAGGCGUGUGGCCCGAAGAAUUUUAGCAAGAAAGCGAGCAUUUCUUAUGGCCAGUGCUACACGUUUAAUUCAGGAAAAAACGGUCAUCCACUUCUAAAUGUCACACUAGCAGGCAAGGACAGUGGCCUAAAGCUUCGACUAAAUAUAGAAAGAGAAAGUUACCUCAAAAAUCCUGUAGCGUCAGUGGGGCUCACACUACUGAUACACGAUCAAAAAGCUUUUCCCUUUAUGGAAGGGUAUGGAGUUAUUAUUCAACCAGGAAUGUCAACCGUCUGCGCCAUUAAGAGGAGAAAGGUUAGCUUUAUACUUGGAAUUAUUCGUUGAUAUUCGACCAAGUCUCAUUUUGUUACAUGUUUAUUAUUCCUCCUAUUUCAUUUCUGGGCUCGUUUCCCUCUGUUUCCUUUUAUUUCUAGUACUCGCCCUUUUCUGGAGCUCUGCGAGGUUCUGCGAGAGACACGUAUUUUUAGUAUUAUCUUUAGGUUUUCACGAUUUUUAGUUCAAAGUAAGUGUUCUUAACAAAUACGAAACAACAGCAGCUGUAUGUCAAACAAACUCCUUCUCCCCAGGGUUUCGUCUUUGCCAUAAAUGUCUCAAGAACAAGGAUUUCUUAAAAAUUGUUAAAUUUGCGAUUAAUAUUCGCGCGCCGUGGAAAAUUACAGAUUAAAUGGUUUGUGUCCAUGCUGUAGUAUAACGCCAAUUUUCAUACUUUUACGGCUUUUUCAGUUUUCCAGAUUUAACUGUAUAUAAUUGUUAACUUACGUUCGUGUUAUCCUUCCGUACAAAGCUUUGAAAUUUCGAUUUUUUCACGGCGCUGUUGGAAUAUUAAAUAAUUUUAAAACUUUUAUUAUUGCUUCUGUUGUUCUUAGUAUUAAUAACAAAAACUUCAGUUGCUUUUUGAAAACAUAGCAACCGGUUUGAUUAAUUUUUAAGAAUUAGAGACCUUCGGCAAAUAGUGGUACUUGAUUGGUCUUCAAAUCAAUCAAUCAAUCAAUCAUUUAAUUUGUGUCAUAGAGUAGGCUAGGGUUCCCCCGGAGCCUCACCUAUAAAAGGCCUAACAAGUUAAUACUAAUAAUUUAAAAAUUUAAAAAAGAAAUGUAAGAAGUACUCAGGUAACACCCUCCCGCAACCCACAUAUUGAAACUGUAGCUCUGCCUUUUGCUGUAUUUGAGCGAUAUUUGUUUAUUUUGUACAGCCAGCAAGACCGCGUUAAUUGCUUGCUGGCAUUAAUCCCUCGCAUUUCAAUAGUCUGUACGUAAACCCUGAGAAGCACAGAAAAACAACCUAGAGCUCUUUUAGUACCAUGGUUUUUAUGGUGAAACUAAGGGCUUUUCUAUUUUUGUAGAUAAGUAACUUAAAGUGGCCAUAUGCAACAAACUGCACAGAUCAAACCAAUGGCGAUACUGACCCCUUUUAUAGCUAUACUAAACAAGCUUGUCUGAGAAAAUGUCGCGACGAUUACACUACCAAGAAAUGUGGCUGCACGCCUCCUGAAGUUAACGGUAAUUUAUUUAAGUAUACUAUGGUUCUUUAUACCUUGAUUUUGUUUUUUGAUUUCCCAUUUCGGACCAUGUGACGUUACCCCAAAGAACUGUCUCUUUCGCACGUCAUCCUGUCCACGUGUAUAAUAUAUAAUUAUAUAUAUAUAUAUAUGAUUUAUAUAUAGUUUAUGAAAAAAGAAAACAAAAGGUAAAUUCCCUUGAAAACACUUGAUUCGUACACAAACCGAAAAGGUCCAUUGAUUCCUGAAAACAAACAUAUCGUAAGUUAGCUUUUGCUAAUAGACGAUUUUCGCAUCCGGGAAUAUACGUUGAUCUUUGUUUGAAAUGGAUCUCUUCAUUUUCCUAGUCAAACUAAGCUUUAAACGUUCGGUUGGUUAUAUAAACUGAUAUAAAGGAAUGUUAAGUCUCUAACCUUUUGUCGCGCACAUAAACUUUGAUGCGCAAGUUAUACAAGUAUAGUAAGUGGUAAAAAAUCUCUCGACUGUUGUAACAAAUUUGCUAUACGUUUUGAUAGCGCUGAAGAGCUGGAACAUAGAUCUCAACUAGAUAUACGUCAGCUUUUCUUUCAAUCUCUCAGUUUUUUUGUUGUACAGCUAGUGGCCCGAUUUGUGCAGUGAAUGACUCGAUGCUGUGUCUUUUUCCAUUCCAAGGUUAGUAAAUCAAAUGAUUUUUACAUAUUCGAUGUGAGAGUUGAAAAUAAAAUUGAUCUACGGAUAGAAAGGCAAAAAUGAGAAACGUGUUGGGACUGGCAGGCACAUAUAGGAUCAUUAGGGAGAGAAUCGUUCGUGUUCACUGGAUAAUGCAUUUAUAUUUUUAUUUCAAAUCAAUUUAUCUUGUCACGGGCAGUAUCGUGAUUUUGAAGCUGAUGGAUUGUACCUCCCCUUGUAGGUUCCAUUUGUUGUAUAUAGGGCAGUUGGGUUCGGGUUAACUUCGUGUCACUCUUUUUUUGUUAUGGUACUUUGGCUAUCUUCCAAAGUAUUAAAGGGAUAACGAAAGGAUAGCGACAAGGGUAUACUACAAGCUACAAUAGCCGGUCUUUAUUUAAGUUGUCUGUUGGGCAUUUUCCUUCACCGUCUUUUAAUUGUGCUAUUGGCAGUGCUCUGGGCGUUUUUGUCCCUCUUUACAGCAGUUAGAGGCAUGAAGAUCGCGGUCUUCUAUACCUGUUCUCUUACGGUUUCCUGAAGGUAAUAAUGUUAACUUUCUCAGAGGCCUUGAAACAGAUGGUAAGACACCGUUGUCUUUUCAGGCAAGCGUAAUACCAACUGACUGAGUAUGCGAUUCCCGUACCAAGGAAUAAGCAGGAUGAUGAUUAUUGCUGCAACAACGCGUACGCUUCACCAGUAGAAUAAAAUUAAAACUAAAUCUCUCAUAUAGGUCUAAACUUAGCUCACAUUAUCGAUUCGUGGGUGCAAAAUUAAUCACUUGGGGAAUUAUGCUCCGCAAUGAUAGGAAGAGCCGAAAUCGGAGGUUCAAAAAGCAGCCCCUGCAUGUUACGAAAAAUUCUAACCUGACGGUGGUUUUGGGCUCCGAUCCACCGUUUCUAAGGUGGCAGAUGAGCCCAGUACUUGAAACUCGCUUCCUUCUUUCUUCUUUCUUCUCAAAGAUAAAUGAAAACGAUUAAUAGACACUGUUAGGUUUGAGAAAUAAAAUGAAAAGGAGCGAUGGUUACUAGAGCGUGAAAGUCACGGCUUCUGAGGCUAUACAAGAUAACCCUGUUUAUGAAUCAAAUGACCAGAAUAUUUCCAUCUUAUAUAUUUUUUGUGGAAGGACGUUUUGAUCAUUUUGCUAUAUAUUCUGUAGAGGCGUUUGGCAAGUCUAAAGAUAAAAAGGUGUGCGAAAAGAACUGCCCUGAAGCAUGUAAACAAGUUGAGUACGAGGUGUCUUUGUCAUAUGGUGGACUACAGAGAGAAGCUCUGAUUGAGCAUCUGAUGGAAUUCCUUAAUGAAGCCGACAGCUCAUCAGUUGGUCGAGGUAUUUACGCGCCUUUGUUGAACAUGACCAACCAUGAGAGGGAAGAAUUUAUAAAGUAAGUACUUCUUAUCGAAAUACAGUCUAAUUGUUUUGACAACCUCAGACAAUUCAUGCGUUUCACUACCCGACACAAUUAGUUAGCCUUUCCACUAUCCAUGUAUUUCAAGACCAUCUGCCUUAUUCUCCGACGUACCUUUCUCCUUAUUGGUUUAAUAUUUUAGUCAUUUCUUUAUUUCAUUGCUUCCAGCCUUAAAUACCAAAGGCAUGGUUAAAGAAUAAUAAAAUUUAUUUAUCCGCAGCGAUAACAUUAUUUCAUUGGAUUUAUACUUUGACGAUCUUGCUUACGAUGUCAUUGAACAGAUGCCAAUUUACCAACCAUGGACGUUAGUUGGUUAGUAAAGCUGUCAUUAAAAUUACGAAUAUACGGUAUGCCAAUGAAAAGUUUAAUACCGUAUCAAUAUGGGUAAGGUUGAGGAAUACUGCAGUUACUACAAUAUAAUUCAUAUACUGGAGCUUUUCACGAACUUUGUGAGAAUUUUUAUACUCAUCCUGACAUUGUCCAUUUUAGAUAUAAUAUACUAAGCUAAAAUGUUGCUCAUAUGAAACAGUUAAAAAGACGACAAAGUUGCGACGUUCAACUAACUCCUUAUUAUCAAGUCAGAAAAUAAGUGCAUGUUGCAAAGUAUAAAUACCAAAGGAGCAAUGCUUAAUUAAAAAACCAUUAUGAAUCGUCAAAAACAGAAUUUUGAAAGAUAAGAGGACAGACACAAAAAACUGGUGUCAAUUUGUUUUUUACAGUAACAAAAGGUGGAAAAAGUCAAAUUUCCGGUAAAAAUGAAGAAAACACAACAAAAUUUGUGAUUCUUUAAACUAGCGAAAUGUUAUUGUCAGUAACGUGUCUCGCCCUGGCGAUUGGCUACUGAAGACAGGUAAGUGAUUGAGUUUCAUUGGCUAAAAAUUUGACAGGUUCAGUCACGCCACUGCCCUAAAUAAAAUAGGAAUUUACUAUUUUACAAACUUCAGCACAAGAAUGAGAUUAGUGACGUUUAUUGUCUCGAAAAAUAGAGGCAUUUUGGGGUAGUGUAAUGUCGUAAACUAACCCAAGGUUAAAAAUUACUCCAAGGAAAGAUUCUGGAGCCGUUAAAAUAACCGAACAAGUCGAAACAUUGUACGGUUGAGCUGUCUAUAGAGCAACUAGGUAAGCAGUUUUGAAUAGUUGCUAACCCAAAAGCACGAUCAGAAAUCGUGUAGCUGUUGCUUACCUUAGUUCAAGUCUUUUUUUUUUUUCGUAGUGAACGCCACUCAGCUAUAAAAAGUGCGUACAAUCAAACCAAAAGGUGGUUUUCACACGCAAUUCAACUUACCCUGUACUUACAAAGUUUCUCAAAGUUUGAACAGAAAGUUUUUUUUUAUUAUUUUCGGAGAGAAGGAUCAGAAAAACACUCAAUAGUUGUCAAAAGAAAAGUACUGCAAUUAAUGUCUUUAUUUUGAAUAUUUUCUCAGUAUUUUUUACUUUAAAACUAUGUAUGAAUAUCAAAAGCCUAUCUGAAUCGCAGUUUUGAAGCUGUACAAUUUCCAGCAGGUCGUCUCCACUUUUUGGAAACUAGGCGUUUUUGUCUAGUUCCCUCUGCUUGUCGGAUGAGCCUUUCGAUUCGUAUGGUAUCCAAACCGGAUGCAAGUCGUGCAUCAGAGCUAUCUGACGAUUUUUCCUAUUAGACAGAAAGUAAAGCUUCUACGAAACUAAACUAAACAAAAACAUCGAAGUUUGGCAUUCGUUCUGCAAAUGACUGCUUCUUGCAUUAAUUAAAAAAAUAUGUGUCUGUCCUCUUAUUGAUCAUAAAAAUCAGCCAAUCAACACGCAAAAAAUAAUUCCGUUAUUGUAAAAUCUUUCUUUAGCACUUGAGAAGAAUGCGUCGUCCAUUUUGUUUCAAAAUUGUAUGGAAUUGGCCAACAUUGUUUUACCUCUUCUUCUGUUUAAUGUGUUGGUAUACACACUUUAAAUUCCAGGCCCAGAGUAGGUUCUAUUGUGGCUUCUUAGAGCAUGUAACCUAAAGGUCAGUAAAAAAAAGGAAGAUGAAUUUGGAAGAUUUUCGUAGCUCACCAAUAUUCUAUUUGUCACUACGCGCCGAAUGUUAAGAGGUCCUAGUUGAAGCUAUGUAAAUUGUGCUUUUCUUUCUAUUUUUCUUGCACCGUGUUAAAAAAUUUAAAAAUAAACAGACAACAACAACAACAACAACAAAAAACAAUAGACUGACCUUUCUAUUGGUUACGUUUUCUACGUUGUAACUGCCACCAAGACAUGGGAUGUAGAAACAACUUUUGAACAUCUUGGUGGUUUCCAGCAUCUGUCGUGGGCUUGUAAUUCGGGUAAACUAACAGAAACGUAGUUCAACUGGUGAUAUGACUUAUUUCCAGUUUCGUAUCAUGUGAUCUUUUCAUUUUGUAAGACCACGGUUACCAAAACAACAAAUCAGUGAUAAUAAAGAAAUUAUUCGGUUAGACUCCAUUUAGUCAUUGGUUGUACAGAUUCCGAUCAACAACCACGACCUUUUCCUAGAUAUACUGCCAAUAAGUGCUAAUCAUACUAUUAUUAUAUUUAUUUCUACAAGGAAAUUUGGGUGGUACGUUUGGUCUUUUCUUGGGAAUGAGCUGC